AUGAGUUUAAAGAAGUAUUAAAUGCAAAUUAAUUUAGAUAUUUAGAAAUAAUCAGAUUAUAAUAACUUGUUAUAUAAAAGAUUAUAGCUUAAUUUAGAGUUGAUAAGCCAAGCUCUAUUUUGUUUAUCUUUGGAGAAACAUGA